AUGGCAGGAUUAGAUUUCUCGGGAAUUCAACAGUUUUAUCCUCAUUCAGAGCCAAGUUCGCUGGCUUCGCAGUGGAAAGAAUGGCUGCAACGAUUCAAACGAUGUAUAGUCGCUUUUGACAUCAAAGACAAAGCAAGGAAACGAGCUCUAUUGUUAUACCUGGCCGGUCCAAAGGUGGAAACAAUAUUUGCCACGCUCUCUGAUACGGGAGAAGAGAACGACUUCGAUAAAGCCAUAGAGAAAUUGACAGAGUAUUUCGCGCCGAAAAAAAAACAUUCUAUACGAGCGACAUAUUUUUCGCCAAGUCAGCCAGCGAUCUGACGAAACAAUUGACCAAUUCUGUACACGACUGAGACAUCGUGCCUCGACAUGCGAAUUCGAUAAUGUAGAGGACGAGAUUAAAACACAAAUCGUGGAAAACUGCAGGUCUAGUCGACUCAGAAGGAAAGCAUUUCGGGAUGACCCCAAGCUGGCUGAUUUGAUUAAAUACGCGAGAGCACUGGAAAUUUCUGAUCACCAUGCUGAAGAAAUGGAAAAGCAACACCGUCAGGAGGCUGUGUAUCAAAACACCAGACGAGAUUUUCCGUCAAGGGAUAUAAAAGGUAAACAAGCACAAACUUGUUAUAAUUGUGGAGGGACGUAUCCCCACCAAGGCAGGCCCUGCCCCGCUGCAGGCAAGACCUGUCAUAAUUGCUCAAAAACUGGACAUUUCGCUCGAGUUUGUAAGUCUGAACAAAAACCAAUCUCUCGAAAACCUCGAAUGCCUCAGGACCAAUAUAAAUCGAAGGCAAACAAGUUGAAUGCUUUGAACCAAAAUCGGCAACAGCAACCACUCUCUACUGAGCCAACAGUACAAGGUGAACCGGAAGUAAGCGACAGUGAUAGCAAUGAGGAUAUAUUUGCUGUUUCGAGAGCCAAGAAAGUGAAGCAACCACCCAUGACAAAACUCAAAAUUAAUGGGGUGAAAGUAGAGUUUUUGAUUGACACCGGAGCUUCAGUGAACAUUUUGACACAAAAGGACUAUGAGUUUCUCUGUACAAAUUCAAAGGACCAAAUCUCUUUACAAAACACUAAAACUAGAAUCUAUGCGUUUGGCUCUAAAGAACCAGUUGAGUUGAAAGGAAAGUUUGAAGUUCUAGUUGACUCAAAGCGUCGU